AGAUAAGGUUUUCCCUCCACGCUGCUAGUCUCAGAGUAUAUACACAUCCAGGCAGAGGAGGUGCCACAGACGCGGCUGGUGCCUAACUAGAGAAGUUAGAGCCACUGGGUUUCUUUUCGUCCCGGGACUCAGUACAAGUCUGGAUACUUUGACAAACCCGCUGUGAACUCUGACAGCAGAGCACUGAACAAUCGACCGCCGCUGGCUGAGAAGAAGUAAGUCCUGAUCCCUGUGUCAAGAAAGUGCGCACAGUUUGGAAGUUUUUACGCACAGAGAGGACGUUUGGAAACCAGAGUUUUUCCCUCACCUGAGAAGCCAAGACGAAGAGCAGGGGGGACGAAAAGUGGUUUCGUAGAAGACUUUCAUAGCUACGUUCGUUUUUGAUUUGUCUUCUAUGUAUACCAAGAUGGAAACUACUUUCUAUGACGACUCCCUCAACGCUUUCUCCCAGCGCGACAACGCCGGCUACGGAUACAGCAACCCCAAAGCGCUGAAACACAACAUGACUCUGAACCUCUCCGACCCGAUGGGCACCCUGAAGCCUCACCUGCGGGCCAAGGCCAGCGACAUCCUCACGUCGCCCGACGUGGGUCUACUGAAACUGGCCUCCCCGGAACUGGAGCGGCUCAUCAUCCAGUCCAGCAACGGGCUCAUCACCACCACGCCGACCCCGACCCAGUUCCUCAGCCCCAAGAACGUCACCGACGAGCAGGAGGGCUUCGCGGAGGGCUUUGUCCGAGCCCUGGCCGAGCUCCACCACCAGCACAUGCCGGCCCCUGCGACUGUGAGUGUCACCUCCGCCCCACAGACCAGUGUCAACAGUGCGCUCCCGCCCGUUUCAUCCGUGGCCGGAGCAAGUGUUUACAGCGCCAACGCCACCAUGCGCCCCGACUCGCCGGUCUAUGAGGACUUGAACUCUUUCCACCCGGCCAUCAGCACAGUGUCGGCUCCGAAUUACACCACCUCAGCUCCGGCCAUGUCCUUCCCCGCUGCCCCGCCUCACCUUCCAAUCUACGGCCAGCCCUCCUCGGGCCAACUGCCCCGGCUUUCGGCGCUUAAAGAGGAGCCCCAAACCGUGCCCGAGAUGCCCGGGGAGACCCCGCCUCUCUCCCCGAUCAACAUGGAGAGCCAGGAGCGCAUCAAGGCCGAGCGCAAGAGGAUGAGGAACCGCAUCGCUGCCUCCAAAUGCCGCAAGAGGAAGCUGGAGCGGAUCUCGAGGCUGGAAGACAAAGUGAAGAACCUCAAGUCCCAGAACUCGGAGCUCGCAUCCACCGCCAACUUGCUGCGCGAGCAGGUGGCGCAGCUGAAGCAGAAGGUGAUGAACCACGUCAACAGCGGCUGCCAGCUCAUGUUAACGCAGCAGCUCCAGACCUUUUGAGUGGGCGUCAGAGAGAGAUAAGACUGUAGUUGAACGGAACGGACGCUUCCUGUGAUCGUGAGCGGCUGUCUCCCCCGAAAUCGCGACGGGAUUUGGGACGAGGCGGCGCCACACCGGCGGGACCGUGGCUGGCACUCAACGUUCCCGAGCGCAACGCGCUCGCCGGCGGCGCGUCCCAGAGGCGGGCUCGGGACAGUAACAGUGGCCAUGAACCAGAGGGGGCAUGGCAACAGGCAGGACACCUUUCUGUUUCGUGCUGUUUUUUACUGAACUGGACUGAAGUUUUCUUGAUUUUACACCCAGCUCUGCAUGGACCUCGUCAUGAACAUCAACGGAGAAAUUCAGUAUUAGAGGAUCCAAGAACCUGCAAUGGAGAAGUUUCUUGCUGUAGCCACAAUGGCCUCAAACAUGGGUGUGUUGGCCAACUUUAGACGGCUGAAAAGUUGUAACUGAAGCUGCCUGACUUUUGAGUUACAGUACAAUGUACUUUUUUUUUUCUUAAUUGUAAGAAAUUACGUUGGAAAAGCCUCAAGAUUUACUUGUUUUUUCUAAAGUUGUUUAAUGGGGUUUCACUCAUUGUUAUAUGUAUAUAAGAUCAACUUGGAGUACUUAUGUUUACCAUUUGUAAUAAGAAUACUGUAUAAUUUUUUAUUAUGUUUUGUUCUCUGAGCACUUCAGAAACUAAUCAAUAUUUAAGAAAAUAAAACUGAUGAAAUGAA